CUUCAGGAAGGCAAGCAGCCUGUGGUGGUGAAGUACAGCUCCCAGUAUGGAGGAAUUUCUGCAUCGCACCAAAUCCCGACUGGACCGUGCUAAACAGUUGGAAAAGGUUCAUACUGUUAUUGGAAAUAAGUGCUGCGAUUUGGAUUCUAUCAUUUCAACCUUGAUCUACGCUUAUUAUUUAGACAAGGUCAACUCACCAGGUAUACUGUGCCUGCCUGUUCUAAAUGUUCCACGGGGGGAAUUCAACUUCUACAGCGAGACAAGAUUUAUUUUGGAAGAACUGGAAAUCCCAGAAUCAUUCCUUAUCUUCAAAGAUGAAAUUAACCUACAUCAGCUAAAUGAAGAAGGCCGACUAUUAGUUACACUUGUGAACUUCAGUACAUUGUCUAGUGAUGAUGCCACAUUGGAAGCUUCAGUUGUCAAAUUCAUUAAUUCAGAAAAAAGAACUAAUGCAGCAGAGGAGUUUCAGGAAUCCUGUUCUUGCUUAGUUGCAAAAGAAAUUCUUGAAAAGGCACCGGAACUAGUUACUCAGCAGCUUGCUCAUCUUCUCAGAGGAAGUAUUUUGUUUAGUUGUCUGUCCAUGGAACAUGAAAAAAUUGCAAAACAAGAAGAGGACAUAAUAUGUAUAUUGGAGGAGAAAUUUCCAGAGCUGCCACCUAGGCAGGACAUAAUCAGCAGCAUGCAAGAGACCAAGAUGCAUAUGCAAGGUACAAAUAUUGAAGAUAUUUUACUUAAGGACAUCAAAGAACUGUCCGAUGGGGAUAUAAAAGUAGCUAUUAGUAGUGUUUGCAUAUCUUUAGAGGAAUUAAUGAGCUGCAGAAAUAUUAUCGGGGAGCUGAAACUAUUUCUUGAUAAAUAUGGCAUUGAUAUACUGAUUCUUUUGGCAAGUUACACUACAGAGGAACAGAUGGCAGUGCAACAAAUAGCUGUGCACUCAGAGAACCCAGAACUGUGCAAUCAAGUCUGCUGCGAAUUAGAAGAAUCUCAGAAUCCAUUCCUUGAUCUCGAGCCUUCAGACUAUGGAUGUGAACAAUUUCUAGUAUAUCACCAAGAAAAUUCUUCUGUCACUUGUGAGCAAGUUUCUGCAGUUAUUAAAGAAGCUAUUAACAGAAGACGACUAGGGAUGAUGCCAAAUAGUAGGACUUCCUCAACUGAAGCUGUUGCUGGGAGUGCCCCCCUUUCACAAGGAUCCUCUGGCAUCAUGGAAUUGUAUGGUUCUGACUUAGACCCCCAACCCAAUCCUGUAAACUUUGUAGACAGUGCACAAGAUAUAAAUGCUCAAGAUAUAAACGCACAAGCCCAGGUUGAUGUUAAUGUGGAUCUUGUUAGUCCAGAUAGUGGUUUAGCUACAAUAAGAAGCAGCAGGUCUUCAAAGGAAAGUUCAGUUUUUCUUAGUGAUGAUAGUCCUGUAGCAGAUGCUGCUGGAUCUCAUCACAAUUUUCUCACAGGAAUUGAUAACUAUAGUCGUGUUCCAGAAGGAGUGAUUGUAGAGGAGGAAACGCCACCAUCUAGGACCAGCAGUGAUAAUGUUGAACUCUUUAAUUUUGAUUUAUUACCAAAUACUCGUUCUGAAUCAUCUUCUCAUUCUGCUGACUAUUCUAUGGCUGAUGACUUUUUUUUCCAGAGCGACUCCUCUGAAGGACAACAGGCUCAAAAGCAACAGCUGUAUAGGGAUGAUAUAGCUCACUGUUCAACUCAUUUACUAAAUACAAAAGUGCCAAACAUUAGUUUGGUUGAUUUUGAUGAUGCUUUUAUGCAUAGUCCUGAAAACCAUGAGGACUUGUGUGAAAAAACUCCUAGUGCAAGUGACAUUACUGAAUUUGAAUCAAGUUUGUCAUGUGAAAUCUUAGGCAGUGCUGAUGUUAAAGUUCCACCAACACCUAUGAAUAGUUUAGUUGAAAGUUCUCCCUUAGAUAAUGGUCCUCCAACCUUUUUUCCAGAAGAUGUGGUUCAGAAAAUUAAUGAAAUUGGAUUCAGUGUAUCUGAUACUCCAUACUGGUGGAAUGAAAGUGAGCAUAUCGAUGCAAAUGAAGGUCCCAUGAAUGCUGAUCCACGGAGUUCUAGUAAUCAAUCAGUGCUUCACAGAACAGGGCCCUGGAAAGAGCAAAAAUCAGGUCAAGAUAAUUCUAAAGCCAGACAUGAACCUUCAUUUCAAGUAGCAUGCCCUGAUUUACAUAAUGAAAAUCCAAAAGAAAAUUCAGACAAUCAUGAUAAAAAUCCAAGACAAGAAAAUAAAAUAGUUCCUGAUUUGUGGAACUUCAACAAUACACUGCAGGGGGUAUCAGAGCCUGGCUGUGGCACUUCAGAUGUAGAUAAAUAUGGAGAUUAUGUUAAACAAUCUGAAGACAGAUUAUGCGCAAUUAAAGAAGACAGUAAAACUAAAUACUUUGCUAAAAGAAAGGCUAAAAGCAAUAUAGAUACUGAUUCUUUAGAAAAUAGUCCAGAAAUAUAUGUAGAAAACAGAUAUAGUCAAGAGUUUCUAGUUGAAAAUCAAUUUAUGCUACAACAAAGAAGUACUGAGGAUUUAGGGGUGGAUCCAAAACCCCUACUCCCCGGACAUAUAGAACGAAAUCUGGGCAUGUGGGAUUUACUUGAAGAAGAACAAGACACAAACAUUGUUGACCAUCAUAUAAACUGGGAGGACCCCUUCUUGUCCUGUGGUCCUUACAAGUGCCUGGAUUUUACUGCAUCUUAUACAGGCAAAGACUGCGUUGUUUCCCCACCAGAUACCAAUUACUCAACAUCAGAGUCAAACCUAUCUCCAGCAUCUGAGGAUGAUAUGAAAGAGCCUGAAAAAUCCAAUGAUCAAGAAAAACAUCAUCUGAAUGAAGGACACCAAAGCUCAAAUGACCUGAAUAUUCUGAAUAAUAGAGGAUUGGCAUCAAAUGGCAAGCAUACUUUUUCAGAAAAUAAAAACGUUUCUUAUUUCAUGAAAGAGUGUACAAAUAAUAGUGAAGCAAUGCCUAAAAGAUCAUACUCUGGAAAUUAUCUUAAUAGUGAUUAUUUAGAUAAUACAUCCAGUAGUUCUACAUCUUCUGAAUUAAAGAAAAAUGAGCCAAAUUAUAAACUGAACAACCAUAAACUUGAUUUGUCUAUUCUAAACACAAAUGGAAGCACGCUGUUAGGAGUAGAUUUACUUGGCAAAGAAGAAGUUGUGUGUUUGAAUUUUCAAAGAGCUAACAAAGUUCAAAACAGUUAUCUGCCACUUCCUUUACAUAAUGGCAGUGUGCGUAAUAUCUUGCAGCCGAAAAGCCAAAGUGAAAUUAAUGAAUGUGCCAGAAACUCUAAUACUUCUAAGGAAGUCACCAGUGAUGUUCUCAGCCAAUGUCAGGGGCAAUCUUCAUUAGAAUUAAUGAAUAUACAUGACAACAAUGACAAAUCAGGACAACAUCUCCAUUUACUGAACUCAAGGAUAUUGCAUGACCCUUUUUAUGAAUCACUCUCUCCUGAUAGAAAUGACACGGUACUCAUUGUAAAUCCACUUGAAAACUCUGAAAAAUGUCAAGAUAUUUGUGUGUUACAGGCUGAGGAAGAAGAGCUUGGAGCUGCUGGUUAUACAAAUCAUGAUAACUGGGAAAAUGAUUUACAAGACGAUACAGAAUCUUCUUCUUUAAAUUCACUUGAUGAUUUAGAAAGUUCUGAUUCCAGCUAUUUAAGAAGCUGGAAUCUGUUAGUAAAAUCUCCUGUGCUAAAGGAUGAAAUUAGAAUACCUGGUCAAUUAUCAUCUGUACACGAGCAAGACAAUUAUGACAUUAAAUCUCCUAGUAUAAAGAGCAAGAUGUAUAAUAAGUCAGUUUUAAUAAGCCCAAAGGGGAAGUUAAAUGACAUGAAUGGCACCAAAAUCUCUGUUGAGAAUGAUCAUUUGACUUUAGAUGAAAUCAAAAUAAAAGAAAAUGUCUUAUUUAAUGAUGUUGAUUAUCAAAAGAAAACAGAUAUAACCCAUUGUGAUGGGGAAGGUUCUGUAAUGCAAGAUGAAGGCAGUAAAGGCAAGUGGAAUAAAACAAAUCUUUGCAGUUAUGAAUCAGCAGGAAUAAAUUCAAAUGUAAGCCCUAAUAUUUCAAAAGUAUACAUGAAAGAAGAAUUAAACAUUUACCCAUGCAAUGAAGAAGACAUACAGAGUAGCUCAUCACAUUCAGGUGGAACAAGUCCUGAUUUGGAUCUUAGCUGGAAAAGGUUACAAGAAAAGGAUUAUGAUUCCACUUCAAGUGUUUAUGCAUCAGAGUCAAAAAACAAUGAACAGUGCAGCAUUACUCAAAAUGGCAGUGCCAAUAAUGAAUAUGUUAAUACUCAAGUAAAGAUUCAGCUCAACACUGUAAAUAAAGUCCCCAUGAAUUUAGAUAUUUGGAAUACACGGAUAUGUGAGGAUUCUGAGUCCUCGUCAAGCCCUGAAGGAAAUGAAACCAGGGAUCAUUCAAACUCAUCUGAUGAGAAACCCCUGAAUUAUUUCCAGAAUGUGCAUACCUCAUUGGACAUUGCAGAUUCUAAUUCCACUACCCCAUAUACAGAUGAAGAAAGUCCAGAAAUAGAAGAUAUACGGGGUAGGUUUGGUUUUCUGCAAGAUGGGUGUGUUAAUAAUGUAAUGAAAGAUCAGAAAGAACAAAAAGGUUGUCUAACUACAAUCAAUGGUAAAGCUGAACACGAAGAAGGCUUGUUAAACCAAGACUGUCUUCAGCAUGUUCAAUGUUGCCCAGAUGAUAGGUCGCAGCCAUGUGAAAAUGUUCAUCAUGAUAGAGAUUAUAAAGAACUUUUCAUAACAGAGAAAACUUCCCCUUCAGGAGCUGAUAUAAAAGAUAGCCUGUCUAGAGGAAGCCAGUCAACUGAAACAUUUGAUAUGUGGUAUAAUCAAAAUGAAGUAUAUCAUCCAGAGGACACUAACGUUACUACUUCUCCCCAACCGAGCCAUUCUUACCAUGAGAAUGGGGCAAAUAAAGAAAAAGAAUGCAACAAUGCGGCGACAUGUACUUCUUUAAUAAAGUUUUCUCCCCACUCUCUAUGUUCUACCACAGAUAACUACAAAGAGGACUCAUCUGAAAAUCUGAAGUGUCUUUCAGCAACAAACCCUAUAAAAAUCCAGCCAACCGACUCUACUCCUUUAAUAAGCCUCACAGACAAAAUAAACAUAAAUGAGUUCAUACCAGAGUCAUACAAUGAUAAAAGUGCCGAUAAAACAGAACCUGGGGUACAAUUACAAUCAGGUAUGAAACAUGAACUUGAAACAGUUACAGACAUGUCAAGUGAACUAACACAGGCUGAUUUGUCAAGAGACAAAAAUCUGCAAGGAACAGUAGGAGCUCAUGAUCCAAUAAGCAGACAUCAUAAUAUGGCACUCCAUCGUUCAGAAGACUUGUUACAAUUUAAGUGUCAGGUGGAGCAAGAAGACUUAAGCAAUCACAUUCAACCAUAUGGAGGGUCUGAAAUAAGUCAUUCCAUGCACUUUGAGUGCAUUCCAGACAUUUUAGAUGAUGGGUCACGGGAGUUUUCCCCCUUUUAUUCGAUUUCUCCUGACUUGUGGAGUAUAUCUGAACAUGUUUACAUCAAAACCUCUGAUUAUGGCAGCCCAGAUGUGCUAAACAGCUGUGACUCCAACACAAAUGUAUCAAAAACUCCUGAUUUGUACAAGCAAUGUGCCCGAGCUUAUAAAGAUGUGUUUGUAUGGCCUGAUCCUGCACAUAGCAGUAAAUCCCCCAGUGGUUGUGCAGAGGGCAGCAAAAUAUCUGCUGCGGGAGAAUCCAAUGAAAUGUAUACACAAAAUAUACAUUUACACAAAAAUAAUGAUUUUAUUUUGCAGCCUUGUAUCAAGUGUACUAAGUCAGUUUGCUCCUGCUGCAACUUGGAACAUGUUUGUGAGAAUUAUAACAUAGAGGACAGCCAAGCUAUUGCAACAACCGCAUCAUCAGCAACUUCACUAAAAGACAUUGAUGAAGAUGUCCUCUCAAACAGUUCAGCAUCAGCUAAACUGAUUUGUAUACCGUCCACGCAAGAAACUGAAGAAAAUAUACAAAAAGAUGUGUUACAGACAGCAAAAAUACACACAGAGCCUCUAAUAAAAGAUCAUUCAGCAGUAGAAAUGAUCAACCCCUGCUUACAACAGGGCAAAUUACCUGGAAACUCAAAUGAAGAAAACUGGAAUAUUGUCACUUCACCAGCAGAUGGAGAUGUUGGACUUCAUCAUGAAGAGAGCGACCAGGUUUGGAAUGUUGACAAUACAACAGGAACAAGUUUAGUUCUUUUUGAUUUGGGGUGCGAUAGUAUCAAGAUUCAGACUGAGGAUCCGGUUAGUUCUAAUGCUGAUGAAGAGGUUCAUGGUCAUUUUGAAAGUGGUCCCUGUGAAAGUGUAAACAGAUCUGUAAUGACAGUCACUAAUGUUGCAUUUCAGCAAACAAAGUCAAAUGAAAGCCAUUCAGUGAGCUCUCCAGAUACAUUUCAGUCAAUCUCCAUGACAAACGUGAAUGAAAACCAAGCUAUUCACCGACCCGAGUGUCAUUCUCUUUACAUAAAAGGGAAAAGUUCUCCUAUUGUGCCUCGAAGGUUGGGGAGUGAAAAGAAAUCAGAAGAAUUUUCUGAACAAGAGCAUAGCUGGAGCAUCAUAUUAAGCCAGAAUGAAGCUUCAGACAGUUCACCUGAAGAUAUAUUUAGCAGGGAAGAAACAGUAGAUACUGGUAAAGGUUGGGAAAAUACUUUUCAACAAAGAUAUUCGUGUGAUAAGCAAGGGGGGUAUCAGAUAGACACUGGAGGUCAGGCCUAUACAGACCUCGAGGAAAGCUUUGAAAUGUGCAAGGUUGAAGAAAGGGAUAUCUUUGCACAUGAAGUUUCUCAUGCUCCUUUGCAUUUCCAGAACAUCAGUGUUCACAUUCAACUGCCUCCUCAAGAUGGCGAGCUUGCUAAAUAUUUAAUUAAUAAAGAAAUGACAGAGAACAGGUCGAUUCCAGAUGAUGAGGGAAUGGACAUUCCUCUUGAUGAAUCAGAAAUACGACCUGAACCUCCAAAUUCCUUGGAUUUGAAUGGCUCCCACACCAGAAAAAUAAAGCUUACUGCUCCCAAUAUCAACCUAUCUCUGGAUCACAGUGAAGGAUCCAUUCUAUCUGAUGACAAUCUUGAUACCCCAGAUGAGCUGGACAUUAAUGUUGAUGAUCUUGACACUCCAGACGAAGCAGACUCCUUUGACUAUACAGGCCAGGAUGACCAACCUGCAGUCGGGAAAGCUGUACAGGAGGAUUUUGAAUCUAUACAAGAGUACACGGCAGAAGAGGAAAGGGCUGAUAAUAGACUAUGGAGGACAGUUGUCAUCGGAGAGCAAGAGCAGAGGAUUGAUAUGAAGGUCAUUGAACCAUACAAAAAAGUUAUAUCUCAUGGAGGUUACUAUGGUGAAGGUGCAAAUGCCAUCAUUGUGUUCGCUGCGUGCUUUUUGCCUGAUAGCAGCCGUCCAGACUACAAUUAUGUAAUGGAAAACCUUUUCCUCUAUGUGAUAAGCACUUUGGAGCUUAUGGUAGCAGAAGACUAUAUGGUUGUCUAUUUGAAUGGCGCUACCCCUAGGAGAAAAAUGCCUGGCUUAGGAUGGAUGAAAAAAUGCUACCAGAUGAUUGAUCGGCGAUUAAGGAAGAAUUUAAAGUCAUUUAUAAUUGUUCAUCCGUCGUGGUUCAUCAGGACAAUAUUAGCACUGACAAGACCUUUUAUCAGCUCCAAAUUUAGCAGCAAGAUAAAGUAUGUGUCCACUUUAGCAGAGCUCAGCGAACUGAUUCCAAUGGAAUAUGUGCAUAUUCCAGAGACAAUUGUGAAGUAUGAAGAAUCGAGAUGUUUUCCAAGAAAUGUGAGACUGGAUGAAGACUUGAGAGAAAGUGAAUCUGCCAAAGCUGGCUGUCUUCCCAAUGAACCUGAAAUGAAAACUUUGGAAGCAGAAUUUGAAAAGAAGACGGGAGACAACGUCUAAAGCCAUUUGAAAGAGGAAGAUAAAGAGUUUUCUUCGGCAAAAUAAUUAUUUAGAAGUAACAUUUUCUGAUCUGAUUUUAUUUUUAUUUUUUUUGUGGACUUAUAAAUCAAGCCUCCCUAUGUAUAUUAUUUUUUUAAAGUGUGUACUUUAAUAACAGAUGACAGUGAGGAGAUCUCUUUAACCUUCAACAGCAACAGCCGGUUAUGUUAUUACAGUUAACAUACAAAUUAUAGAAUAUUAGAAUGGUGUGUAGCUGCUAAAUCAUUAUGCCCUCUCAGCAUGCUCAUUAAGAUAACAGUAUCAGCUUUAUAUAUCUGUGCAAAGGUUAAACUAAUGCUUAAAUGCUAUAAAAUCACAUGUAAACUUUGUGCAAGCAAAUGUAUUAAGGAAAUUCUAUAUAGCCUUCAUUUCAUUUAUUAUGGCUGAAAAGAUUGAUCAGUAUGUUUCCUUUGGCUUUGUUUCCUUUUAAAGAAUCUGAGAAUCAAAUCAAUAUGGAAGACAGACUGAGAAAAAAAAUACUUCAUGUAAUUACUAAUUAUUAGGUUAAAUAACUAUUGAAUGGAAAGCUUAUCUACUAAUUAUUUUGUACUAAUCUAUUUAACUAUGCAGUUGGUCUUUAGUUUUGCCUUUUGCCUACCUCCAAGCUCAUAUUGAAUUGACCAACUGGUGUAUGACCUAUGUGUGUAUGAGCGUGUGCUUUUUCUGCAGCAUAUUCCUAGUUUGCCUAUACUUUUCCCCCUUUUUAUGACUCAAGUAUCUUUCUGGAACCUAUAGAUACAAUUUAGAAUGAGUUUACUGAUUAUGAAAAAAAUGAAUACAUAGUUUAGAUGACUACUUUAUAUAUUUUAUUUAAAGUUAAUUCACAGAUGCAUUAUCAUGCUUAUUUUGAUUUCAUCAUCAACUCUCUAUUCUCGGAUGAGGAUAUUACAUUAAGGACUAUAGCAUAAGAGGUGAAGGCUUUCCUUAUAUUUGGCAAUACAGGAUUCACUUGGACAGGAAACAUCUAGUACUGAAAAGUACUUCUGCCGGAACCUACAUGUUUUUACCAUACAACAGAAUGGGAGGUGUGAGUUUUUGGCAAAUCUCUGCCAGCUGAAACAAGCAGUUGGAGAAAAUGCACUGUAUGUCAUUGCCAUAAGCUUUUACUCUUUUAUACUACACCUUGACUAGAGUUGAAGAUGAUGAAUAUAUAUAUUUUUUGCUAGUUUUAGUGUUACAUUGCCUUUAAAGGUAAGAAAAAUCUAAAAUGAUCAACUGUUUUUACUAAAAUAUACAAUAAUGUGGAUCUUGGCAGGUCUGAGCUCACAAUUUCUUUAGUCAAAACUCGGCGAGAUGUGACAAAAAUGUACUUUAAAAAUUCAACAUGCGAGAACAAAUAAAAUGUACAUCUUUGAUAAAUCUGCCCUUAUUUUAUAAACAUUUGUAAAAUAACUUUCCACUAGUUAUUAAUUGCCAUCAGCCUUAUAGUAGCUACAGUAAGGGCAUUGGCAGACAGGGUGCUGCCCGCAAGAAAUUGCCUCUCCCAUGCGUGACAAAGCACCCAAAAACUGAAGAUGCAACAAACAAAUAAAUAUACUGUAAUAUAUUAAAUAUUAAAUAUACUUAUAAAUUAUUGAUGCUCAGGUCGACAACAAGUCAACACACCCCUGAACCUAACCAACCCACUCCCAACCUGGGAUGCCAUCAGUAUUUACAGACUCGAGUCUGACUCAUCUUUGAUAAAAGGAGAGGGGCACAGCAGACACAAGCCUAUAAAUACACACUGGGUGGGCAUAGUAAGGUCAUAAGUGAUAGGGCAGAUGAAAGAAUUCAGCCCAAACCUGUCCAAGCUGUGGGUCCUGCAAGUUAAAGGCUGGCCUGCAUAUCACUCUUAUAAAUAAUUCUUAGCAACGCUAUUGGCUAUAGUUGCUGCUAACUGCUUAUCAAAAUAACAGGAUAAGGUUAUUCACACUUGCAUAAUUAAAAAAACAUAUUGGAAAAAUCUAGGAGUUCCAUGACAUGUAUAAAGCCUUGUGCUUGGUCAUAGACAUCAUCAGGAAUUUCAAAUAUCCUAUUACAUUUUACCAUAUUCCCUAUAUUAGAGCUCUUUAAUGAACCAAUGCGCUGCGCAAAACAUUAUGCCAAAAGAAUGGAUUAGUAGAUGACUAUCAUUUCAUCUGUUAGUAUGCACGCUAUGAUUUCAUCAAUAUGGCUGGUUUAAUGGCAUACAGCUAACUGGAUACAUCUUCUACACAAAACAUAAAGCUUUAUCCCUUAUGCAUUAUAACAUUAACAAAAUCCUUUCAGAAUUAACCAUUACUUUAAAACAAGUCCAGUGUGUGCGUGUGUGUAUUAAGAAUUUCAUUUUCCUAUACUGUAAAAAAAUUUAACUGAUGUACAACGGUUGAUUGUUUAACCAUACAGUGCAGCCUUAAGAACAAGAUGUGUUUAGAAAAUGCUUAAUGUUGUCAUUUUCUUGUAAUAAAUUGAGACUGAACUUAAAUACAUGUUAAAGGAAUUGCCUUGUAAGGGCUUCUCCCAUGUCAGUCAGAGUCUGCUUUGCUAUGUAACGUGGCUCUAUACAUUUACUUCAAGGCAACACAUAAGUUAACUCAAUGGAUUCAAUGUUGAUCACUUUUCCUGUUUGACAGAUAAUUGGGGGACAAUGAUCUGCGUUGCCAUGCCCUGAUCACAUAGAAAAGCUCUGCAUGACCAAUGCAUUUAAAAAUCAGACUGUGACUGCCAUGUGUAUGUAGCCUCACAGUAUUGUGUUUGUAUUGCAAUUCAAAACUGUCUUAUGCAAGCUGUGAUAUUUUAGCUUUCUCUUAGUCACAAUGUUGCUGAAUUCAUUGUUAAACUUCCCUUUACAUCUGAAGGUAAUUAAAGAGAUGUCCUUGAGAAAAACAA